CUGCCCGAGCGGUGCCGGCGGGACGGCGGGAGCGGAGCGGCGGGGCCCGUGCGCGGCGCUCUGCGGAGGAAGGCACCGGCCGGCUCCGCCAUGUCCUACUGCAGGCAGGAAGGAAAAGACAGAAUAAUAUUUGCAACCAAGGAGGACCAUGAGACACCGAGCAGUGCUGAGCUGGUUGCAGAUGACCCGGAUGACCCUUAUGAAGAGCAAGGAUUGAUAUUGCCCAAUGGAGAUAUCAAUUGGAAUUGCCCAUGUCUGGGUGGAAUGGCUAGUGGUCCCUGUGGAGAGCAGUUCAAGUCAGCCUUUUCUUGUUUCCACUAUAGCACAGAGGAAAUAAAGGGAUCAGACUGUGUAGACCAAUUCCGUGCCAUGCAGGAAUGCAUGCAAAAAUACCCAGAUCUUUACCCUCAAGAGGAUGAAAAUGAUGAGAAGUCCACCAAAGAUUUGGAAGCUGCCUCUAUGGAGGCCUCUGCUGCCAAAGAAGAGAAGGGAUCCAGCUAAUGAAGAUGCAAGGAGGCUGUCGUCUCCAUUUCUCAUUUUCAGAGACAUGGACUUCUGCACUGUGUCUGUCUUCUGAGUAGUGAGGAAAUGUUUCACCAUAUUCUGUGCACUGUAUCAUAAUAAGUAAUUUAUUCCUGAAGGAGAAAUCUCAGAGCUACAGCCUUGCAAAUAAAUACUGCAAAAAGAGUGAGUGUGUGUAAGUACUGUGUAACCUGCUUUUGGACACAGUUAAAACUUUAACAGCUGUUCUUUGCCCUCAAGUUUUCCUUUGGUUUUGACUUGAAUAAUGUCUUGAAGUACAUAGCUUUCAACUAAAAUUCUACUGGCACACCAGGUCUGUCUUCAUUUCAGUAUGUUCUGAUCAGUAGCUGCUUUGUUGGUUUUUUUAAAUGUAUUCUGUCCUAUCAAUAGAAAUUACAUUAAAUGAUUGUUUUUCCUUUAAGACUUUUUUUCCAAAGUGAUGUGAGACACUGGAAAUGACCUAGAUCUAGAAUUUCUAAAAUAAUUUCAAAUGGUCUUACUAGAUUAUGAUUGCAUUUUACUACUGGCAUCAGAUCAGGACUGCCCAGGAAAAUGUUGAAAUGCACAUCUUCUUUGAUUUCAUUUACUUACUGUGAUGGCUUUUGCAUUUUUGAAAAUGGUGUGUUGUGCAACUGAUGAUUAAGAUGAAUGAAAAGAAUGUUGGUCACUGGCUUUAUUUUUGCUCUGAUAAUACAGCUUUUGGGUUCCUUUGGUUAUUGCCUUCUCCUUCGAUGUAUAGAUGGGCACUUGUAAAAUACUUUGAGAUACAAUAAAUUGUUACCUGGUGUAAUGAUCUCAAAACAGAUACUGUGACUUAAGUGCAUAUUAAAAAACAAAUACUUUUUACCCUCACUGGAAGCUCCUGUGUCUUUGUGGUGUGGUGUUUUGUUUGGUUGGUGUUUUGUUAACACUGAUUGGAUUUAAGAACUAUUUGGUGCUGUAACCUUGAACGAAUUUGUGGGUUGUGAAGAUCAGUUGCUCCAGCUUGUCAGAUUUUUAUUCUUACUCUUUUCUCCUCAGCCCAGGCAGGAAGGCAUAAGACACCUAAAGCAUUUUCAGUAGCUGUCAUAGACUGGAUCAUGAACCAGCAAAUAAACAUGAACAGCUAUUAAAAUAUUUGAAAACUGCUUAAGAGGUACAAAUAAUUUAUUAAUUCACUAUAGUUUAACAGCUGUAGAUAAGGGAGUACUAAAUUGUCUUUCUGAGCAAAAGACAGGCUGAGAUUUUUAUUUUUUUUUUCCCAGAAGAGACUGUGGCGUUGGCUUCAGUAACUUUAUUGCAGGUCGGUUUGGGGUUUUUUUUUCCUCUCCUUAUGUGUUGGUUACCUCACCCAAAGCAUAAAAGGUUGUAUUGUCAGUAAUGCUGCCCACAAAGUCCAGCAAUGUUUAAACACUUGCCUUUCUCUGUGGGCAGCACUCUGGAGUGCUCUGCAGCUUUAAUUUCAUAUAGCUCUUUUGUGUCUUGCUUGCAUAAAUUAAUUUGGUGCCACCGAUGUUUGUGAUUGUUUAAGGGAAUUUCUGUCAAGUUUUACAGUGUGUUUGAGGUGUUUCUGUUUCAGUUCAGCUGUUGGAUCCUCAGAAAAUGUAGGCAGUUAAGUGGCUGACAACUAAUUUGUUUUGGGGGCAGCAAUAGCAGGUACUCUUGGCAUUGCUGCUUUUCAAAGAAACAAGGUGACAGAACUUCUCAGUGACUCUUUUCAGGCAUAGGAAGCCAAGUGCCAAGUUAACCUGAGCAAACAGGCACAAAAGCAGCACAGAUAAACUUUGGCUCUGAGGCAGUUGGGCCGUGAAAAUGAAAUCUUAGGCAAUAGAUGAGCACUGGGCACCAAAUUAAAAAACAAA